UUCUGUUUGAGGUGUGCUAGCCACGCCCCCAAGCCACAGAGCGUUGAGUGCACCCGCCGGCGGGUUAGACUAGAAGAAGAGAACGAGAGAGAGAAAGAGAGCAAGUGAGCGUGCAUAGCGACAAAAGCUAAAUGCUAUGAAAUUGUGUACAUUAAGCCAAGGCAAGAGAAAUUCGCCCCGAAAAAAGAAAAACACGUGUGUGACGCACGAGAGACAAAGAAGAGAAAGUGUUAGAGAAAGAGGGAGAAUACAAUUUAAAAUAAAUAAUAUUAUCAAUGUAAAAUCGUAUGUACUAUAUAAAACAAAACAAAAAUGAAAAGCUAACAAAAAAUGAGCAAAAAAACAAAUACCAGUAAUAAAUACAUUUACAUAGAUGUUGCAAAACAAAGAUCGAAUGGAAUAUGGAACAUGGAAGAGAACAAAAUUUGUGUGACAUUUGAAACAUUUUUCACAACUCGUUCGUUCUGAAAACAAAUCCCAGCAGCCUUCUGUUCUAAUGUUGCUGGACGCCAUCAUUUGGUUACCCACACUUUUCACGUACAUUGUGUUUCUGUUGAUCCUCAUCAUAUUGUUCUUCAUCGUUGCCUAUGUCAGCCACAAGAUCUACAUCUCCAUCUAUGACAAUCUGCCGCUGCCAGCUGCCCCGCUCUCCCGCUCCUCAAUCGCAAGUCGUUCCCGCUCGACGAUCGCUUUGCGCUCCCGCACCACGAUCAAUGCUCGCGAAACGUCGCGUGGCGAUCACAUGAGUCUCAGCGCCAGUUCUCGCUCUAUUUGGAUACAGAAUCGUUCGGCCAUCUACGAAGCAUCAACGGUGGUGCGCGUUACACUGACGUUGGAGCCGUGCUAUUUGGUCAGCGUCGGACUCGAUAUUCUGCCGCACUCGGAGCAUCGUGCCGUCAGCUUCUUGUGUAACUGCCAGGAUAAGGUGGCCAAAUGUGCGGCGACUGCCGAACGUGACAUCGACUCGUUGCGCAUAUUGCGCUACUACGAUCAGCUGUCGAAGGUGCCGCGUCUGAAGCUCUUGUUGCGCUGCUGCGAACGCAAGAACAUGCAUCUGGUGCUCGACGAUGUCAUCAAGGAUGUCAUGGAGAACCGGGGCAUAGACAAUACGACGGCAUGCCGAGCGCCCACACGACGCACGAGGCUGACCGAAGUGCGUAGUUCGGAGACUAGCGAGAGGCACGACAUAGAAAGACAGAAUGAGAUGGAGCGAGGUGGACCGUAAACCCAAGAGAGAGAACAAAGAGAGAGUGGUUGCUUACAUAUUUAAUUUUUGUAGUUUGUAGAACUUGUUUUUAUUGACUUUUAUUCAGGUUAUGCAGAUGAGCAAAACUAUGCUUCUACUAUGUAUUAUAACAGUAGCUACAAGGCCACUCGGGUGACUCUUGACUUCAUUACUGGGUCGACUUGGGACUUGUGCACUCCCCCCCCAGAGAAUCAGAGAGCAAGAGAAGCGUCGCCACACCUGUAAUAAAGGCACACAUAAGCUACGCUUCUUUACUUUAUUUUGCUUAUCUCGAUGGCGGGCUCAUAAAAAUAAAACGAAACGAAACGUAAUGAACUUUAUCAGUCGAGUCGCUGUUUCAUUAGAUAGCGACGCACUUUAACGAUUGCCAAAUCUCAACGUUGGCGAUGAUGAUGUUGAGUUGAGAUAAUAAAAGGCGAUAGCGCCGGCAAUCGGUCGGUAUUUGGGGCCCCCCAACUUGCAAUUGAGAGCGCGACAGAUCGUAACAAUAACGAGUCACAAAUAGUCUGACGAUAUUCCAAUUUAAUUGCCAGCCAUGCGCAGCGUGUGUUUCUCUCGAUUUUAUUCAUUUCAAUUAAUAAAGCAAAAAAAAAAAAACUAAAUGAAUUGGCUGGAUUCAUAAAUGUGUUUGGCAUUCAUAAUAUUUAAUACCCUGUAAACAGUUCAGAGCAAAAAAGCGAGUUGUGUCAGCUGUCAACUAGAUUUUAGAAAGUAUUUUAAUAAAUAAGUUUGAAGCUUUGUGUUAUU